GCAUUAAUCGUCCAAUUCGCUUCUACAUGUGUCAUAUUCUCUUCCGCUGAGUGAUAUUAAUCCUCUUCCUUUCAUUGGUGUUCCGGUGCCGUCUUUUUGCCCUGUCGAUAUGAACAGCGGCUGGGCUCAUCCUCCGUGAGAGUAUCGCGUUGCAUGCUUUGUCGAGGUUGCGCGACCGCCCUCUAUCGGUCUCACGUCGCGUUUUCCCGCAAUUCCCGCUCAGUUCCGACGUCCCGGCCUUGGAAAAAUGUCUGUCGGAGCUACUCUGCACGGGCAGAGGCCUCAGUCUCGUUGCAAAACGAGGUUGACCAACCAACGGAAACAGUGACGGAUGCAGCGGGUGGCCCGUAUCCCAGGAAACGGAUUGCUAGCUAUCACCGACAUGGGGCGGAUAAGGCCAUGAAUCGCGGUCACCGAAUUAUUAGCCUGCACCGGUACAAGACGGUUGAGAUCGUGAGAAAUGAAGCGCCGGUUACGGAUCCUAGCCGACAUGUUACUCUCGGGCGCCAGUACAAGAGGCUCGAAAUCAUAGGAGAUGAAGCGCCGUUUACUCCCAACUCCAUUGGCCACUCAAAGCAUGAGCUCAAUAGCGCUACCCCCGUCGCAAAACUCGAAAGUCGUAUUCCGGCCACAGAUCCCGAAGCUUCAAACAAGCGCCAAUCGGAUACUCCGAUAGUAUCGUAUAGCGUUGCCGAACAUUCAGGGGAUCUCGAAAGCUCAAAUGAGCGCGAAUCGUAUACUCCGAUAGUCUCGCAUGCUGUUGCCGAACCGUUAGAAGAUCUUGAAAGCUCAGGCGAGCCUGGAUCGUAUACACCGAUAGUCUCGCAUGCCGUUGCCGAACCUUUAGCGAAUCUCUUGAAUCCGCGGAGAAUUGAGGACAAGGGUGGUGACUUGGACUAUCUCAGUAGAGCACUUGUCAUUUUGCAGGAACAACACAUCCUUCCCAAGUACAUUCUGCCUGCCCCAACAAAAUUUUCCGAAAAGGCCGACGUCGUGCAUCGCUACGAUACUUUGCGCUCUAGAGACAGACCCGCGAGUAGAAAGUGGGUGUUGGCAUCGUACAUUCAAGCGAUGAGCCAAGUGGUUCCAAGGCGCGACCUUCUGGCGGUGGACUUCAGAACGGCGAUAUGGCCGCAUCACGAGCAAAUUGCGUCCUACCUAUCGAAGGCGGACUUACCUUGUCUUGCCUUGGAGGGGCACGAUGCCACUGAUCUGUUCAACUGGGCGACGAUUUUGCUGUCAAGACGUCCAGGGCGUGAAAUAAUCGAAGGCAUGACGAGACCCCCUCUCGAAGCGUCUGGCCCAAGUCGGACUCGGGUUCCGGUAUUCGUCCUGUUAGCGGUGCUUCGACGUCGCAAACUUCACCCCGACUGCAUCUGGGAUAUCUUGCAGUAUGUGUCGGCGGCUUUCGAUGACGCCCAUGCGUUGCAUAAGUCCGAUCCUAGCGCCACUCGCACAUUGUCUCGGCAGAAUCGAGCCACGGAGAUUUUGGGGAAAUAUCACAUGCUUCUCAUUAUUGGAAGGCUUCUGCGUCAUGCGCGUCAAGUGCAUACCACUCUUCUUUCCGACAUCGCUGGACUCCUUUGUCGGCACUUGGAUUUUCUGCAGCAAAUUUCCACGCCUCAAGUCCACGGUCCACCUGUUGCUCAAGCCCUUCAGACAGCAACGUUCUUGUGUAAUAAGGUUCUGAAUGCCCUGGCAAUCACGCCGACGACUCACCCACUCCGUGAUUCUUUUGCAGCUGAAAAUGCACAAUUCACCAUCCUUGAGAGGAUGGCAGGGUUUGCUCCGCCUCUGAUCGUCACUUCAGAAGGCUACAAAGCCGUGAUCGCAGUCUUGCUACGGAGACCGAAGACCGAAAGAGAACGCGAUUGGGCUGCAAUGAAGAAAGGGAGCUGGCCGCCUUGGAAAGAAGACCGGACUGGACUAGAUGAAUACAAGAAUGCGGCGUAUGGCACGUCCCGAGCCGGGGCCGCUUUGCUCCGUAUGAAAGAGGCCGGGUGCGAUACGGGCGAAUGGGGAAUGCUCGCCCAUCUCUUCGCGGGCUGGGAUACGGACAACACCCCUACUAUGCAGGUUCGAGCGAAGUUGCCGAACACAGACAGGAAGCUACCGGAACCCGACCAUUCCAUCGCCGUGCAGACCGGCAUUUGGGCCGCGCGAAUCACCGCGACGAGGACAUUGAACGAAGCGUGGGCUUCGUUCUUGGCAUUCAAGUCCAGCGGGACGUAUGCUCCGAGUUUGUCAGUGACCGGAUCCGACGUGUACGAGGCCAUGCUUCGGAAGAUUGUCGCGCAGGAAAACGCGAAGAUCGAAAAGUCCAAUACCGCCGAUUUCAGAGACCCGGCGAUGUCGUCGCAGUCCAUACCGUUACCCGGCGACGGCAUAGAACUUUCCCCCGAACCUGCGUCCACUCACGAGUGGACCUAUGUUUCGGCACCGCCUCCCUCUUCCAACGAACUUGUCGGCGAGAUGAUCGCCAAGGUCAGGGUUUCAAAGAAGUGCGCCCAGUUCAUUCUCGUCAACGUUACGGACGCUACGCGGCUUCAAAGCCUCCUUGAGUUACUCUUCGACGGCUCAAGAAUCAACGAAAUCAUUUGGUCAUCCAGACCCGAGCAUCAAAUGCAUUGGAAGGAAGUGCCCUUACCUGCCAUCAAAUGCGUUAUUGCUGCUCUCUGCCGAGUGCCUGCGGUGAAGGGAAUAUCGGACGUCAUUCACGGCCCUUCGGUCUCGAACAUAUGUCCUCCUUUACGCCUUCGAUCGCAGCACCCAGUUGUCCACGCUCUUCAUUUAUCAGCUUACUAUCCCCACUCGAAGAAGUUCGUGUACGCCAUGGUCCUUCGCUGCCUCGAAAAAGGCAACAACACGAAAGAUCCGGUCGGCAUCCGCGACCAUCCGCGGUCCCUUGAUAAGAUAUACCGGGUCGCACUCGCACGGCACGCUGCUCAGACCAUCGCCGUCGAACAAGAGCCUCUCGACCUGCCCGGCUUCUCCAGCAUUUGCAACAUACUCCAAGCAGCGAUCAUUCCGAGUCAUGACUUGUUGCGAUGGCUGGAAACCCACGACGCCCACGAACGAAUGAGCGAACAACAUCCCGCCAUCAUCGAGACGGCCCAGUGGAUCCUCGACCAUGGCUCGUUCUACAUCCGCGAAUUAUUCUACCGCGCCGUCGGGCAACCGCAGCCGCGAACCAGCCCAAAUCCAAAUCCGUCGCAGCGACCCGUUUCGCCCCGAUCCCCCACCCCGACUCUCUCCCGCCUCUACACCAUCCCCGACCCCGCCGACCUACACCGCCUCAUCCGCACCCUCGCGUCCUUCGCCGACCACGAAGGCCUCCUGUCCAUCGUCUACUGGAUGGCCGAGCACCACACCGCACUAUCCGAAAUCACAUCCAACUCCGUCGGUGGGCGUCGGCGCUUUCGCACCCUGCUCGUCGCAAUCCGCGUGUGGUUGGAGCGGCCGGCCGUGCAGAUGAUGGAUCAUAGGAACGACUAUGUGAAGGUGCUGCGGAUCUCUGAGCGGUUUGGUCGUGGUGUUCCGGACGAGGCGGUGUUGAUGGCGAGGGAGACGGUGGAGGGUGUGGAGGGGUGGGGGGGUUGGCCGGCGUGGGAUGAGGUGGUGCAUUAUAUCAAUCGGUCAGGCGAUAUAGGGCCGUAUCCCAAUACACACGAUAUACGACACUAG